AUGGAACACCAAGCAGGUGUUCGCGAGAAGGGUAAGCAUGUUCUGCUCCACCGGAACAAAAGACAGGCAGGUGUUAGCGAGAAGGGUAAGCAUGUCCUGCUCCACCGGAACAAAAGACAGACAGGUGUUCGCGAGAAGGGUAAGCAUGUCCUGCUCCACCGGAACAAAAGACAGGCAGGUGUUCGCGAGAAGGGUAAGCAUGUCCUGCUCCACCGGAACAAAAGACAGGCAGGUGUUCGCGAGAAGGGUAAGCAUGUCCUGCUCCACCGGAACAAAAGACAGACAGGUGUUCGCGAGAAGGGUAAGCAUGUCCUGCUCCACCGGUACAAAAGACAGACAGGUGUUCGCGAGAAGGGUAAGCAUGUCCUGCUCCACCGGAACAAAAGAAAGGCAGGUGUUCGCGAGAAGGGUAAGCAUGUCCUGCUCCACCGGAACAAAAGACAGGCAGGUGUUCGCGAGAAGGGUAAGCAUGUCCUGCUCCACCGGAACAAAAGACAGACAGGUGUUCGCGAGAAGGGUAAGCAUGUCCUGCUGCACCGGAACAAAAGACAGACAGGUGUUCGCGAGAAGGGUAAGCAUGUCCUGCUCCACCGGAACAAAAGACAGGCAGGUGUUCGCGAGAAGGGUAAGCAUGUCCUGCUCCACCGGAACAAAAGACAGGCAGGUGUUCGCGAGAAGGGUAAGCAUGUCCUGCUCCACCGGAACAAAAGACAGGCAGGCGUGCGCUAA